AUGCGAUCAAAUCAGACCAAGGGCUUAGGGAUAGACGGUGGAGAAACCCCUGCUGAACAACCCAAGGCCGCAGCUCCUGGUCAAGAAGCUCUGACCAAGCUGAAUCAGAUUAUAUCGAAUUACCAUACCAAAGCGGCCUUGAUCAUUCUUCAGUCCCGGGUUGAGUUGCCGCAGUCCUUCAAUAAAGGCUCCAACCAUCCCAGAGUUAAUCGAUGGUUUAAUGUCGAGUUGGAUGAAACCGAUGUUUUGCGAGAAUCGCUGCAAACCUGGCGAACCUGCGACGCCACAGAUAACCGACCGCCACCCCUCAUCAUCGAAACCUUCAUAGACACAAAGGGCCUCACAAAUAACGAAAGCUUGGUGAUCUUGGAUGAUAACGGAAAACGCUGGGAUGUGCAGGAAUCACUUGCGGCUUCGCUCAUGCUGGGCUCGAAACAAUCGGCGUCCGAGGAGGUCAUUCUGGAGCGAUGGAAGAUUGAGCUGGGGGCCUCCUCUAGCCGACCUCCGGCUGAUUUGGGCUCCAUUUUGCCAACGGUUUACAAGAAAAGCAUCGUUCUCUUCCGCUCGUUAUUCACGUACUCCAAGUUUCUCCCGGCUUGGAAGUUCUCUCGUGGCAAUACAAAGGCACGGAGAAGCCCCGCUCUGCAGAUUAGGUAUCGUGUGGUUGAUGGGAGUUCUUACCGUGACGCACCGCUAGAUAAUUUGACAGUGCCAUUAUUUCAGGGAGACAGCAAAGUGGCGGACACUUACAAUUUUGGGGUCACAGAGUCACCGGCGGGGCCCUUUUCGGUAGAGGUCUCAUACCGAACGAAUUGUGAUUUCCGAAUUGAUGACUCCGAGGCUUUGUUAAGCUCCCGCUUCAUGGGUGCUGAUGAUGAGAUAUUCCGACCCUCAUUGCCCAAGGAGGAAACAAUUCGCCCCAAUCCUGAAGUUGGGUCAGUACCAGUGGAAAGGAGGACAGUCGAAAAUCCGGAUCGUUCACGAGCGUAUGGGAGCUUAUCAACAUUUCACCAAGUCGGUCCAGCUGCGGGUGCAAGUCCUAUUUCUGCUCUGCGUGCCGCUCGAGAUGCCGGUGCGGGUUCUCCCUCGCCAACGGACUCGGAGUAUAAGAAGUUAUUGCCUGCUGCAAAAAUCGCGGCGACAGGACGAGCAGGUGGAAGACUUGCAGGUGAGGGCGGUAGCUCCAACUUUACUCGGCGUCCCUCUGUCUCCUUCCCCCAUUUUAAAGCUGGCUCUCUUUCUGAUUCUCCGGGGUUUGUCGACCAUCCUUUGGGUGUCUCUCCUCGCACUACUUCUGCGCGUGGCUCUACAGGAACCUCUGUUGAUUCGCGUGUAAUGCCACCUCCUUCCUCGGCGGCAUCAGCACGGCGCCCCACUUUGAUGACCGAUCAAGCGAUACCCUCAUCUACCUCGGCCUCCCCUAAGCCUGCACCGAUUUCCCGGUUCAGUAGUUCUUUCAGCCAUCGGCGAGCUCGCCCAUCUUCAGGAGGCACCCACAAGAUGGAAGACGACAACUCCAGCGGCAAGGCAAGUGCGACAUCCUCCAACGUCCAGCCAGGCUCUGGUCUUCUUGCAGACGUUACUGGAACAAGUGCGGAAUCAAUUCACGCAGACGAUGAAAAUAUCUCCGAGUUUCUCAAAUUUCUUGAUCAAAAGAAGGAUUUAAUGAAUCGCCCGCCUAGCACUGGCUCCCAGUUGUCUGGUUCUCGCAAACCUACGGCCACUUCCACUGCUCUUGCUCGCUUUCAGCAAAUGCGUGACUCGAACGCCGCGCUGUCAGAUUCAAUGUCAGCUUCCGUGCAACUCCAACGUUUGUCUAUCUCCUCCAGUAAACAGCUCUCUGGGGUUCCUCCCAUGGUUGCUGGCACUUCUAUUUCCACCGCUUCCUCCCCCGGGAAGCCAAUUUCUCCCCAUACCCCCCAUACGCCUGCCAUUCGAUCUCGUUUGAGCUCCAACAGCGUCGUUGAUGACAUCAACCCCGAGCACAGCGGUCGAGAGCCACGUAUUGAGCAUGAUAUCCAUGGCUCUCCGCUCGAGGAGAAUUCUAGCCUUGAAUCAACACAACGAGCUCCGUCUACAGCAGCUGCAAUUGAUAUUCCUACUUCCCCGCGUCCUUUCGCACCAUCCUUCCGCCGUUCAAGCUCUGCUGCUCAACGCCGACGACCAGCUACUAAUGAUGAAGAUGAUAUCUUCACAUUCGGUAUGCGGAGUGUCAGCCUUGGGAUUGAGGAGAGAUCACACCUCACUCGUCAAACUCAUCAGGAGAAUUCGGAUGCAAAUACUCUGCUAGAACCUGGCUCGCUGAAUCUCUCCUUGGAAGACCCUAGUGCUCGUGUUGCCGCUUCAGCUGCCAACGCAAAGAACCGGGACGGCGAGGCCCUCAGGGGCCAGGCUGUUUCUGUCCCGGCUGCAACAUCCACCUCGUCAAACACCAACCUUUACCAGCCCCGUUUUCCUGCUCGUGGCCGAGGCCUUUCUGGCGGCCCCCAUUCGCUCAGUUCGGCAUCCAGCAGCCUUGCGCGCGGAGGCACGAUCCCCCAGUACAUGGCUGAGCGUGAGGACCGUGACGGCAAUGCUAGUGGAAGCAACAGUGGCAACUCAACUAUGGAAAUCAGACGUAGCUCUUUCCAACGCCGCCCACCGCCAUCUCAGUUCGAGGAUGAUGAGCCGCUGCUGUUCGCUAUGAGUGACUUCGGCGCCUCUCGUCGCAGCCUCGAAGAGAACCGCCAUAGUAAUCAUGGUGGCGCUGACUCCAGCGCUGGUUCUCGACGUGGCAGUGGCAAGCGUGGAGCUGGACCUCCUGGAUGGACCUAG